AUGAGUUCGCAAAUGUCAAAUGCAAGAUAAAAGCCGCCUGUAAAUUCUAAAACGCUUGGUCGCCAUCGUUGGUUGAAUUUUACUUUUAUUUCAUCUUGUGCAGAAGUUGCAAGCAUUUACACUUCAAAAUGGUUAAGCUAACACCCGAUUUAAUCAAUCAAUCAAUGCAAUACAUGAAUCCAUGCAGAGAUCGAGAGUUAGACCUGCGAGGUUACAAGAUUCCUCAAAUUGAGAACAUGGGGGCUACAUUGGACCAGUUUGAUACGAUAGACUUCUCCGAUAAUGACAUUCGUAAAUUGGACGGGUUUCCACAUUUACCUCGUCUGAAGUGUCUUCUAAUGAAUAACAAUCGGAUAGUGAGAGUUAGCGAUACUUUACACGAAUCAUUACCACAGUUGGAAAGUGUGAUUCUAACCGGAAAUAACAUACAGGAGCUCGGUGAUCUGGAACCACUGACCAAGCUUCCGAAGCUGGAAUCGCUUUCACUGCUAACAAAUCCGGUUUCUACAAAGCAGCACUAUCGUGAAUACGUUGCGUUUCGAUUUCCCAAUCUGCGCUUGCUGGACUUUCGGAAGAUCAAGCUAAAGGAACGGGAAGCUGCCAAAGAGCUGUUCAAGAGCAAAAAGGGCAAAGAACUGCACCGGGAGAUUAUGCGCAAAGCGAAGCUGGCGAUGCCGGUUGCGGAUAAACCUGCAGUACAGAAUGCGACCCCUGCAGACAUACAGCGUAUACGAGAAGCCAUCAAACGGGCCACCAAUCUGCACGACGUCGAACGGCUUACCCGAAUGUUGCAGUCUGGCCAGAUAAGUGGCGAUUUUCUGUUCAAUGGUCCACCCUGAUUGCGGACUGAAGGGUUCUGUUGAGAGGUUUCAAACGUUGAAUAGAUAUUCAGUCCUUUGUAAUCGUAAUGAUGAUCGUUUUUUCCAGAUUAACCGGGGACUUGCUGAUUGAAACUCGUUUUUAUUUUGGUAGAACAAUGAUUAAUAGAACUUUUUUAUGUUCGUUUCUUUUUUCAGGUAAUGGAAACAUGGAAACUGAUUGAAUUCGGAAUGUUUAUAAGGUUCAAUGAACAUGUAAUUAGAGGUAAAAACAGAUACCUACACAAUCUGAUACUUAGAAUGUUUGUUGAAGGGCCGAGAAGUAUGAAAUUGCGUAUAGAAAUUUA